AUGACGACAGCACCACCAAUACUCCGGCAGCCACACGUUCAAAGGGUUAGCAGCGGGCGAUCCUCUGCUCACACCCGCAGCAGCCAGAGGGCCUGCCACGAGGAUAUACAGGCACCUGGAUCCACCCCGUGUGCCUCCACCCCCUCACAACCCGCCCCUACCCCCUCUCAACACGGCCGCACCCCCGUCGGAUCAAGGCCGGUUAGUCUGGACAGUAAGAAAGCACCCCCAAGCAUGCCCGGCGAUGAAGUGGAUGACGAUUUGGAAACUGAACUCGAUUUGAACGAGAAGCACCACAGCUAUGACGACACAGGGACACGGACCUAUGAGCGAGCUUGUCGUAAACUGGGCAUUAUUCCUUCUUCAAACUGCGUCAAAAAGCUUGGCCGGGCGACGGAGAUCCUCGACCUCCAGUAUUACGGAAUGGGGUCCCGUGGAGCGAUGGCUGUUUCCAUGGCACUCGUCAUAAACGACCGGAUAUCAAGCGUCAACAUGAGCGGUAACGACAUGGGACCGAUGGGGAUGAUGUACAUACAGCGGAUGAUGCAAGAAAACAACAAUAUUGUGGAACUGAAUGUCUCCGAGAACAACCUUGGAACCGAAGGUGCCCAACAUCUUGGGGAGCUACUGCGGGUGAACAAGGUGAUCCGACAUCUCAACGCUUCAGGAAACGAUUUUACAGACUCUGAUGCACAACUCAUAGCUAAACCCGUGGAGGCACACACAGGGCUUCUCCGUCUCAACCUCAGCCACAACUCUUUCGGAGAUGCAGCUGCUGAGGCUUUACAACAGAUGAUAGCUGAAAACAGUUCCCUGCAAGAACUAGACCUCAGCUGGAAUCACUUCCGGGGCGCCGGGGCGAUUCAGUUAGCUCAAGGAUUGUCGGAGAACGUCAACAUCAAAGUGUUCAACGUGUCCUGGAACGGCUUCGACGACGACGGUGCCGUAGCGCUGGCGUCGUGUUUGAAGAACAACUCCGUUGUGGUCGACCUGGACGUGGCUUGCAACAGGGUUGGACAAAUCGGGGUCUUGGAGCUCGUCUCAGCGUUAAAGGUCAACGACACUCUGGAAACACUACGGAUAGGUAAGAAUAACAUCUCAGACGAGUGUGCAGGAGCAGCUGUGGAAAUUCUGAAGAGGACGGACACCAUGAAACUGACCAAACUGGACAUGUCGGAUGUGAUCCUGAGCUCUAGAUUCGCCGACCUCGUGUCCGACCUGUACGACGUGCACCCCGAGUUAGACAUUGUCUAUGGCUACACCGACUCCUACGGCAAGCGCAAGAUGAAGGGGUACGACGUAGUGGAGGAAGCCAUGCACGUGAUCAGCACGUACCUCAAAGAAAAGGACAUCACCAUUGUGGAGUUGUUCAGCCGUUUCGACGCCGACGGGAGCAUGAGCGUCACGCACGAGGAGUUUAAGGAGGGACUCAAGGAUGCUGGGAUACCGCUGACUGACCUCCAGGUGGAGGAGAUCAUCAAGCAGCUGGACAUGGAUGGGGAUGGGGAGAUCGACUUCAGUGAGCUAGUGAUAUCUACGAAGAAUGUUUUAUAAGGGACCGCCACAGGAAGCCUGGGUUCGGAUCUCACAUCGAAUGCGAACCUGUGAAGAACACGGUGUUUCGACAAGAAGUGAAGAAAGACAAGUGUUUUGUGUGUGUUGCGCAGGCGACCUGUCAGAACAGUGUGCCAGGGCCAUUCAUUUAUAACAUUGAUACUGUCCACACGCCCUGUUUGGACAACACACUUUUAUCGUUUAAUAGAACAUUUCGAUGAAUAUUGAUUUUAAUUAUGCUUGUUGAAGACAAUAAAAAUACUGAAUGUUGCGGAUACAUAAAAUAACAAAGCUCUUUGAUAAAUUAACAUAUAUUGAACAUAAAACUUGGUACCUGACAAUUCAGCUCAGCACCUCGAAAUUUCAACUUCGCUGCUUUUAUUCGGACAUAUUUAUAUUUCAGCGGCAAUAAAAGGUUUCCGUAAAAUAACAGGUAUUUGUGUUAGCCGAUAUGCAUGUGGCAUAGUUGUGUCAAGGCCUGUACUAAUCCGUCUCACCGCCCAUCCCUUACUACAAUGCUGAGCCCUUCGUAUAGGUUCUAAAGGUAUAGGUUCUAAUUCUUACGACAUUAGGAAUCCUUUUCAAUUUAAUUGUAAUUUCCAUCAAGUUAUAUUAUCAGUUAGUCAACAGGAUUGAGAACACAGUUUUAUGUGAGACUCUCUUCGGCAGUGGUUUGCUAUAUCGCUACCAACUGCACAUUACACUGUACUACCUGAUGUGUCUCAUGAUGUCUAAAGCGCUAUCAUAGUGCUGUGGGUGGAUUGGUGAAACAUGUAAAUCAGUUGGACUGAACUGAAUAUAGUUUCCAAAGUAUGACCAAAAUAUA